UAAAUAAUUUGAGGCCUGCCACCUCACCGACAAAAAUCAAGCAUGCAAAAACCGGAAAUUUCAAACGAAAAUUUAGAGAGAAAAUGGGAUUUAACUUCGCUGACGAUGAGCUGAUGCUCUCCUCGUCCACCAUGGACGCACUGAAGUCGUUCUAUGCGGAACGAGACACGCACGCCCAGCAGUUCGCGAAGCUGCUAGCGGACACAAAACGCCCGUUUACCGAGGAGCAGCCGCUGACCAUGGAUGCCUUCACCGAAGACUGGAACGAGUCCCAGUUCUGGUAUUCCGACGAGACGGCUACCCUCCUUGCGGGGCAGCUGUUGGACGGCGUCACGGAAGACUCGACGAUCGCCGUCGUCUCGGCGCCGAGCGUGUUUGUCGCGCUGAAGAACCUGCUUGCCUCCGAGUCAAGGCGCGGCCAACCUAGACCGAAGCUGGUCCUGCUUGAGCAUGAUGAGAGGUUCGCCAUCUUCCCCGAGUUUGUCUUCUACGACUUUAUGCAUCCCGUGAGGCUGCCUGCCCAUCUCAAGGGCACGGUCGAUCGUGUAAUCUGCGAUCCACCCUUCCUCAAUGAGGAUUGCCAGACAAAAGUCGCUCUCACAAUCCGCUGGCUCUCCCGGCCCCCCACCACCACCACCACCGCCGCCGCCGCCCCCUCGGCGGCGGAGCCGGUGGACUUCCGCAUCAUCUCCUGCACGGGCGAGCGCAUGGAGGCCCUGGUGACGCGCCUGUACCGCGCCUUCGGCUUGCGGACGACCGACUACGAGCCCGUGCACGCCCGCUGCCUCAACAACGAGUUCUACUGCUACGCAAACUUUGAGUGCGACAGGUGGCGCUGGGUCGCCGCCGCCGCGCCGCCGCCCGAGUGAAGUGACUGACUGACUGACUGGCUGAACGUCCGGCGACGGCGUGGCCAGGAAGGGUGGGGCGUGACAAAAAAAAAAAAAAAAAAAAAGGGCUUUUCUUUUUUGGGGUGGGUCCUGCCCAUGGCUUGGCGUGGAUGAAGGGGAGAGGGUGGCUUUUGAAGUGGCGAAAGAGGAAAGAAAGAAGAUAGAUUCAGUUGGGAAGACUUAGACAGACAGAUUACGUAUGUACAUAAUAUGAUAGACGAGCUAAUGAUUUUUAACUGUCAUGGGAGGGUAAAGAAAUAUAUGAUGCAGUUUUUAUUCUGAUG